ACACUGACCUUCUUUUGACUGUGGGGCAGCUUAUACCAGGGAUUAGUCAUGCAAGUUCAUAUAUUUUUAAUGUCAGCGCAACCUGAGCUCAUAUGGGGGUAAUAAAGCAUGGAGAAUUAGCCCGAUCCUGUCAGCCUGAUGCCCCACUUUAAGUGAACUUAAACGUGUUUGAGUGAAAGGUAGUGACAUAAGUCUGCGUCCAGUUGCAGUGAAGAAAAAACUCAGAGGAGGAGAGGAGGAGGAGGAGGGCGGAGACACUUCACCCUUCACAGUGGAGGCUGAUUUGUUCAUACCUCGGUUCGGCGAAGGGGCGAAGAGUCAGCACCUCCAACUUCUGUGGUGGAGCUCGCUGGACCAGGACGCGUAUUUUGCGCGCUGAAGCCAGAAGUUGCCAAUCGUUUACAGAGAUUGCCUAAAGAAUUGGACGAUCCCAGAGGGAAGCCUUAUAGGGGAAUCUGUGCACAAAACCUUAAAAAGGGAAGGCAGGGAGGAAGAGCAACUAACCAAAAAGUGGAGAGAGAAGAGGUGACCAGCUGAAGCGACAUGUUUGGCAUGAUUAAAAAUUCCCUCUUCGGAAACACCGAGGAGACGGAGUACAAACUGCUCAGCAGUGAGACGAAGGUAAGCUGCAAAAACUUCGUCAUCGUGAUCUUUUUAACCUCCUUUCCUUGUUUCUUAUGAGCUUUCGCCAUGGAUGUGCGCGCUUGUGCAGCGACGAUUACGCACCGAGCUGUGAAGUGCAGGGCGUCCUUUAUGUUUGCAGGGAUAUAUUCAAUCCUGUAUUUAACAUUACCAAGUAUGUUUUGUUACAUAUUUUUUCCUGAACGGUCACUGCCUUAGCAGUUUUCCUCCCGCGGUUAUCUGCACCCCUGUAACCUUGACUGACAGCAGUUAAUUACUUCUGACCUAUAAGUGUGCCUGCUGAGCCCCAGUGUGAGGCAAUGGGGCCAAUCAGCCGGCGGUCCUCUGCCAAUCAACAAGCAGACUCGAUUUAAGAUGGUGAUACAGAGCCCUGCGUCACCUUACAACAACAAACGCACGCAAACAAGCGCGCACAGACAGUUCACUCCGGCCAAAGGGUCUGUUUCUGAUUUAUUGUUGCGCAGAAAGCAGUAUCUAUUUGCGUCAUGACACCAUAGAUGUAAGUGCGCACGGAAAAAAGAAGUUCAUGCGCGUGUGUUCAUGUGCAUGUGAAACCACAGGGAACAAGCUGGCCUAGAAGAGGAUGCAGAUCUAGUUUGUGGUUGACCCAUGAGCUUGACCCAUGAGCUCACAAGUUGACAGGAUGUGUACACUGAUACAGGGACCAUCAGUGACACAGACAACUGACGUGACAGGGGAAGAAGGGCAUGCCCUUUUUAAUGCAGGACCCACCAUCCUCAUCCUCAUCUUCACCCAUCCUCUCCUCAUGCUUGGGUCAAAAUACAGCCCCAUUUCCAUGAGUUGGAAAUUAAACCUUUUUCUGAGAAAUGUAUGUCACAUUUUGGCCAGCAACAUAGCGGAAUAGGGACAGGGACUUGUUUACCACUAUGUUGCAUCCCCUCUUCUUUUGUGAAUUUCCCAGUUUGGGAUCAAUAAAGUCUAUCCAUCUAUCUAUCUAUCUAUCUAUCUAUCUUCUUUAACAACACUUUCUAAAUGUAAGAGAAUCAAGGGCACCAGUUUCUGGAGUUUUAAAAGCAAAACACCCCACAUUUGCCUGAUUUCAGAUGCUUAACAGUUCUGUCACAAAAGAAGACAGCACUAAAACCUGCUUAUACUCUUCAGCAUUAAAGGGAUAUUCCAGCGUAAAAUUGAUUCAGGGUCAAACACACCAUAACACUAAGUUAGACACCCCCUCAAGAGAUGAAUGUUGCCGACCGCUUGCUUCUCUAGUUAUACCAACUUGAAUAACGACUGCAGAUAGCAACACAGAGAGCAAGGUGCUCAACCAAAAAGCCAAUCUAUAGCCACAAAUAAUGCUCAGAACAGCACCAAACUUCAUUAACAGUACAUAUAGGGUCCCAGCCAUAGCACUAGCCACCAAACAUCUUUUUAGCUUUGCCUGAUUUCUUUAGCAAAGAGACCAAACACAACUCACCCUCUCUCUUCCAGCAGUCACUUGUUUGUAGUGAGACCUCAGGCCAGUCCAUCAUGGACUACAACGGGUGACACAGCUCAAGGAAGAGCAUUUAUGAUAAUUUCUUUAUCAUUUCCAUGAAGUAAUAAUCACCAUAUUAAUCAUUUUUGCACUGCAGACGCGGUAGUUCUUUUGCCUUAGCGUCUCGGUCUGAUUCCAUUUCCAUCAAGAAAUGAUCAUAAAUGUUCUUCCUUGAGCUGCAUCACCCGCUGUAGUCCAUAAUAGACUGGCCCGAGGUCUCACUACAAACAAGUGGCUGCUGAAAGAAAGUUGGUGCUGUUCUGAGCAUUAUUUGUGGCUGUAGAGUGGCAUUUUGGUUGGGGUUUGUGUGUGGCUCCUCAGACUGCUGUGUAUGGCUAUCCUACAGUCGUUCCUAAAGUUGGUAUAAGUAGAGAAGCAAGUGGUCAGCAACAUUCAUCUCUCGGGGUGGUGUCUAACUCAGUGUUAUGGUGUGUUAAAUUCAUUUUACGCCGGAAUAUCCCUUUAAUGGUGCCCUUCCAGAUGGGUAAGCAAGCCAUGUCAGGGACACUUACACAUCCCUAUAUCACCAGGGAAGCUGGCUUUUAAACUGUUCUCUGGUAAGAAGAAGAAAAAGGGACAUGGGGGUCAUGUCUGUCUUUAAGAAGGGUACCUGAAAGCCUGAAGAUCAUAGCCACUUUCCUGGAUUCUCUAAUAAAAUGAUAUGUCAUCUUCUGCAUUCAGUCAUGUUACUAUCAUAUUGCAAAUAAAGAAAACUAAUUCCUCAAGAUGUUUUUAUAUGACACAACUUUUUCUGUUUUAAUAUUCCCUUUUCCAACCAUUUUGAGACAUGUCAGACCAUCAAAUUCCUAAUCCUUAUAAAGUUGGGGAUGUGUGUGUGGAGUAUGCACACUUUGGAAAGACUAAAGUAAACUCACUGAUGGGAGUUGUAAGCUAAAGCUCUGUCAAACAGCCAUUUGAAGGGUCUUCACUCUUUGUCCUGAUGCCCCAUGGUGCAUUGCUGUAAAGUUGCCAUGUGACGUAAAAUUUGGCUCAGGGUUUAAAAGUGGCUUUUGUGUUUUUAAUAUCUGAAUAGUAGCUCACUUUUUUGCUCUGACUGAGACAAUGAGGGUUUCAAGCCAGACUGACCAGUACCAAAUGAACUAAAGGCAGCAACACCAGCACAAGCAUUAUCUUCUUUUGGAUCUUAAAUUCAAAGAAACAGUCCUGGCAUCAGCUGCAUGAGUAAAAUAUUUUAGGUGAAAGUUUAUAUUAAUAUUAAAACUUAAAAAACAAGCAUUUUGUUGCAGAUACCUUUAAGAAAAGGUCGAACAUUUGAGUGAGGUCUGCUGAAAAGUGGCCCAAGAAGAUAAUCAGAGAACAAUCAUUCAGUAAACGAAUCCAGAAGCAGCAUGUUAGAACUUUUCUCUUCCUUUAAAGGUCAGAGCUCAGGGCUUGUUAAAUCUCAGAGCUUGACCGACCCGUCUAAAUGUCAGGUAUUGGAAUCAGAGCUUGUUACCUGAUCUGUGGAGCGACGGCCUGAAUCUGACACCUUACACUGUUAAUUAAAACUGACACACAAUACAGGGGAGUUAUCUAACAGGAGACACACAAACUUUUGGUAUACACACACAGUGACAGCAUCAGAGAGGUGGAGUUUAAUCAGAAGUUUGCCUGAAGAUUAUCUAGAAUGACACGACAAUUUAACACACAGGGUGCUGAUAAUACCUUCAGUGGGCUCUGCUGAGGCCCACAGUAAUUAUAACUGUGUAAGCUCACAUUAGACAGCAGCUAAACACACACACAAGGAAGACAAAUUAAUUGCACUGCUUAGUUGGAAGUCAGGUUCUUGGUUUGUCACUAACAAACAUUGUUAAUGUUGGUCUCACUGACAAGCCGUACAGAGCAGAGCUGCAAUAAUUACCGAGAGAGAGCGUGGGCACCUGUCACAAGUUAGAACUUCAUAAUAACAGGGUGGUUACUUAAGUUUGGGUUUCCUGAGGGGGGGUUAAAGUAGGAGGAUAUAAAUGACACAAAUACAGCAACUUCAAGACAAUCAAAUACUGGGAGAUUAACACAUUUGAACACAAAGAAAUGACCAUAGCCAGGAUAAAGCAUGGAAAUAGUCUCAGUGGCAUCACCCAUUGGUUUCUGGACAGAAGUUUUGAAGCCCAAAGAUGGCGGUCACUGUAUUUGAAAUACUGACUCCAACUAACUUUUGAUUAAUCUCGAAACAGGCAUAGAAACAGAGCUAAAGCUUUAAACUUUGAUACUCAGCAAAGAGCCAAACAAGUCAAUUAAACCAGCCACAGCAGUUAUAUCAAAGCAGCAACCCCCACUCUUGAGAAAUAAAGCUGAUUUAAGUCAUAAAACAAGUUUACAGCCUGGUAUAAAAAGGGUAUUUGAUCUGAUUUGCCUAUUUCUCUACCAUACACUCAGAAUGGGUUGUAAAUCAUUUUUUAUAAUGAUGAAUUUCAAAGUUAUGAGGGUUAUGAAUUUUGCAGCAUUCGAGCCAUGGCAAAAUGACUAAGAGGUGGGCACACUGUUGCUGUUAAAGAAGGCUAAAGGCCCACCUCAACUCUACCACUGCCACUGCCAGCGUUUCCUACAAGAUGACUUUAAAACUCUCCUUCAGCAGGGGUGAAAGUAAGCCGGUACACAGCGGUACGCAGCGGUACGCAAUCUUUCAUCUCUGCAAUGCAUGUAGGCUACAUUAGCUUACCGUGUUGCCGCACGUCAGUGUGCACUCUGCUUUGUAACCGUAGUAAUCCAAUUGGACCAUGCUGCUUUCGUAUGAGCCGUAUUUGCUUCCGCAAACAAACAAGCUGUGGGAGAACUCAGUGCGCACUUUUGAUUGGACGCUGGUUGCCUAGGCGCUGGGGACCGCCUCCCGCCUUUUGCGGAAGAAGGGAACUUUUAAUGAGACAGCUGCUUCAAUCUUAACGCAGAGAUAAAACAAAAUGCAGAGAAAAAUCGAUUUGGGGUUCAAGAGAAAGAGAGAUGCAGCAGAUGAUGAUGAUACUGUGGCAUCAGAGUUGGCACUACUUUAAACUUGGAUGUGCUCCUCUUGUACAAAGCCAAUGGGUACAGUACCUGCAAGAACCUUAUCCUACUUUCACCUCUGUCCUUCAGAGAAAAAUCACUGACACUAUGUCCAUGUUUUGGAAAUAGACAGAAAAUGGAGAUGGACCAAAAGCCAAAAUUUGUUUACAGCAAGAGGGCAACUUCACAUCACACUUGAAUAUCAAGACGCCUUCAUGCUUUCAUAAAAUAUGCCUUACCUUGAAACAUACCUUUAAACAACUUUAGGACCAUUUUGGAACUUUAUCUUUCAGCAAAACUUUAAAACCCUUAAUAAGUGACCAAAUCAAACACUUUUCAUUAACCGAUAAUAUUUGAUCUGAUUAGCAAUCAGGUUUUAGAAAGAGACACAGCACUAUACCAGCUGCUUUAACAGUAGUCACACUUUUAUCAAGUCCUUGACUAGUAAAGAAGACUGUUCAGCGCUGGUAAUUUUUAUUUUGAAAGCACUUUUGACACUGUGGAUCAUGAAUUCAUGAAAGAGAAUGUUCAGUAUCAGAUUGUCAAAAUAGUCUGUGUGUUGGUUUGAACAUUAUUUAUCAAACAGAUUGGCUUUUUUCAGGAGUAAAUUGUGUUUUUAUUUUGUUGCAAAAAGAAAUAAGCUGCUGCCCAUUUCUGCCUCUGAUUGGCUACGGUGAUGUUUCUAUGUGUUAUUUGGAAAAAAUCUAACUAAAUCACAUCUUGAAGUUCAGUUUUAGUGCUUCAAAACCUUUUCCGGACACAUUCAGAGCUGUAAACUGUGUAUUAUCGCACAGAGAAAAUCCCAUUAGAGGAGUGAGUAGCUGCUAAUGAAACCUUCAUCACUCUUUCUGCAGUGACCAAAUUCUUUCAAAACCUUUUAAAGUAAUUGCUCAGCAGCACAGCUGGCUGGGUGUGUUUCAUAUUAGCCCCACUUAAUCAUAUUUAAUGCAAAACUGUUGCAUCAUAUCAACACCACUGAGUGUCUGUGAAUGGGGGCAAGUUGUGUGUGUGUAAGUGUGUGAGAGGCUAUUUUGCCUCUGUGCUGUUAUGUAAGACCGCACAUCUCUUGCCCAUUAUUUUCUGUAGGCUGACUGCACACUGCAGCGCAGAAGAAGAAAUUAAAUCAGAUCAGUGUAAAUAUGCUUCAUCUGCAUCUUAUUAUUUGGCUGCCCACAUCAGUUUCACACACACAAAUACACACACAGGGAACCCCUCCAAGUGUAAACCCACUGGCUGAAGGAUUUUUCCCCAGGGUGCAGAUAGUCAACAUCAAUGUGUGAGAGGUGAAUCAUAUAUGAGUUCAACAUCUCUACUCCCAUCCUGAGGAUGAGAAAAAAAUGUUUUAGAGUGUGUGGGUGCAUGUGUAUAAGAGCAAUGUCUGCAUUGGUGCAUUUGUGCAUGCCAUGAUGUGUAGCCUUGGUUGGCCUUCUGACCCGCCCCCAUCCCCACCCCGUUUCCCCCUAUCCCCCAGGAUGGAGUUAGCUUUGAGGUACGGAGGUAUGAUGCUGCCAAAUAUGCUGCUGUCUCCUCUGAGGGGAGGACCUUUGACCAAGUGACAGGAGAGCUGGUGAGGAAGCUGCUCAUGUACAUUGGAGGAAGCAACGAACAAGGUGAGCCAGUCAGAGGAAAGCUUUCUGCUGGAUCAUCUACUGUGUCGGAUCGUAUCUGAUAUCACAUCAUAAUCUAUCAUGUCGUGUCGUGUUAUGUCCUGUGGUGUUAUGCUUUUUUAUCCUAUUUUAUCAUAUCAUGUUGUGUCAAUUUAUAUCAUUGUAUCAUGUCAUAAUGUACAUCAUUUCAUCUCAUAUUGAGCCUAUUCUAUCAUAUCACAUCUAUCGUGUGGUAUCUUAUCAUAUUCUAUUAGAUCAUAUUGUAUUGUGUCAUAUUAUACAUUAAGAUGUCUCCAAAGCGUUCUACUACUGAAAAGGCAAAAAGGCUGAGUUUGUUUUUUAUUAAUGAAGGAAUUCAAUAUAAUUGGAAGUCAAGAUGGUAGAAAUCAUCAAAGUGCUGACCUAUUUAACUUCAUGGUGAGCAGGACACUGGAUUCCCAGUUUGUACAGCAGAGCAAGACAGGUCACUUUGGAAAGUAUACCCAUCUUUUCCUUGUCCAAUAUGGUGGUGGUGUUGCUAUUCAGAGUUAAAGUCAACUUAAAUCUUUGCCAUCACUCUCAUUUCCUUUUACAGGAUAUGAGUAAGCAGGUUUCUCUGUGUGCUUGUGAACACCUGAGCAUGAUAAGAAAAUUGAUAAAUCAGGUACAGCUACCUACAGGGAAAUUUAAGCCCAUGUAAAUGUAUUCAAUUUCUCCUUUUUUGACUUACCUAACUCAUUUCUUGUUUUAGGAACUGUGGACAUGACCUGAUGCUAGGUUAACUUCAUACUCCUCUUUUUAUAUCUUUCAUAGUGCCUAAUUAAUUUUAAAAAAUGGUCCAUCCCAUGGUGCUUAAAAGCCAUAUGAUUACAACUGAAGCUGGCACAGAUAUAUGUCUCACUUUUAAGAACAUCCUUUUGGAAUUACCAGCCCGAUGAUGCUGGGAAAUGUGCAGACGUUAGUGUUGAUCGAGGUCAUUAUCCCCGUUCUGUCUGAAAAAUAUAACCCUGGGCAACAGGAAGUGCAAUCUGCAAACUGGGUCUCAGUGCAGAAACAUCAUGUAAUAUGGUUUCUAUUUAUAGUCUGAAGCACUAAUGAGCUUUUUUGUAGUGACAAGAGAAAAAGUAUGAUUGUUGUCAUUCACAUAAAACAUUAUAUUGUACAGCAUGUACCCUUAAAAUUAGAUUUUUGCUCCUUUGUCUUCUUUUAUGUCCCCCCCCCCCCCCCCCUUUUAACUUCAACCUCUGGUGCAGGUGAAGCCAUGGGUACAGCAGCGCCCAUCAUCAUCAAUGUGUACCCAAGGAAUGAUGGUGUCCUAUCUCGUCGCUUGAUAGUUGGCAUCCGUAUACCCACCAUAUACCAGCAGAGCCCCCCAACUCCAACUGACGAGGCCAUCAGGAUUGAGGAGCGACCUGGCAUGACUGUCUAUGCUCUGUAGGUCUCAUUUUUGAUGUUUCAGGCAGAAACGUUGGAGCAUUUAAAAGAGAUAAUGUGUGUGUAGCAGAGUAUCAGGACUGUAUUUUAAAGUCUCUCCAUGAGUUCCCUUCAGUGCUAGUUACCAUUUUGCUGACAUUACCCAACCUGACCCAAAAGCACAAGCAGCUUUUCUAUUUUUGGAGAUCUUAGUUAUUAUGUUCAGUCACCUGGAGGGCUCUUUUAAUAGAACUAGUCCUGAGGCGGUUUAACUUGACCUUACAGCUGCGUGUGGUUUGAAUACCACUGUGAGCCCUCUGGGACCCUGUAUAAUUUCAGGAAGACAGAAUAAGCAGUAAUAAAUCCACUCGACCCACCAGCUUAAGCUGAUGCACUAAUUUACCAAAUUCACAUCAGACAUUUUCCUUCUUGCCAUCAAGCUUGGGGUGCACACAUCCUGUUAAGUUUUCACUGAUAUAUUGUAGUGUAAGUCCGAUUUAUUAAAAAAAAUAGUUCAUUUUUUAUUGAACUGGCUGAUCAGUGGGACGAAUAUUGAAAAACACAAAGUGACUUGGUGAUAGCCAUAUGAUGAGAGUGGGUGUAGCUUUGAUUCUAUUUUGGGGUCAGUUUCUUAAAAUUAGCUAAAUUGCACAGUCAAACUGACCCUGUCUGCAGCUGUUGACAGCCUAGUUUCAAUGUUUCGGUCCUCCAGCAGGUUUCUUAGCAAAGGGUAUGAGCUGAUAGGCAUCCCUUAUGGCUAUUACUUUCAUUAUGGACAAGGACCUUGUAUAACCCCGCUAAAAAACUGAACUAUCCCUUUUAUGGUUAUCAGAGAGCUGAUAUAAUUUUGCAGUUUCGUUAUUUGUGGAGCAGUGAGAAUGCAUGCAGUAAAAUUUCAAGGGCAUAACGGCUGUUUUUCAUGUUAGCAAAAUGUCUUAAAACCCAUUAGCUAGCUUAAGACUACUGCUAAACAUAGCCUGUAAGCUAACACAAGGCAACAACAAGUAUAAGUAUUUUCUUAGCUGACAUUAACUCAGAGUUUCACCCUUCUUGUUGUGGAAACACACAUUUCAAAUGAUACAUUAGCAUUAGCAACUCUCUAGCUAACAGAAAUAUUAGCCAGUGAGUGGCAGAAAGCCAAAAUUUUCUCUGACUUAAGCUAACUGAUUUUAGCUGAAACAGAGUUUGAGCCCCCCCCCCUCAUUAACACCCUCCUCAUUUAAAAUUUUGGUGUUUUUCAUUUUUAGGCAGUUCGGAGGCUUUGCAGGAGAGAGCGAGUACCGAGCAGAGGCCUUGCGUUUGACACGCACACUUGGCGAAACGGCCCCCUUUCAACGCAAGCAAUACUUCUGCUGCAGCUACGAUCCACCACUGAAGCCUUAUGGACGCCGCAACGAGGUGUGGUUUCUACAGGAAGAGCCGUAGGAGACACCCAACUAGAUCUGAGUCAAAAUUCAACAUGCUGAAUUCUCAACUCAACCUUGUCAACUCUUUUAGUACAGACAAUCCUGUAGCUCUAACAGUAUUUUAAUGGGAAGAGCAAUAUGGUGACCUUUAAACCUAGAUGGACAGAUAUAGAUUACCCAUGUUGCCUUUACCCAUAUAAUUCUCAGGGCCCAGCUGUUUAGAAGUAAAAAUGAUUGGUUAAAGCCAGAUGGGAUCGAACAUUUAAAAUUAAUUGCUUCAAAGACAUAUAUGAUUUAGUCCAUGAGUUAGUCCAUGAUGCAUUACAUCAAACUAGAACAAGCUCACAAUUCAAAGCAGUUGUGAGGAUGUUUUAGUUUGUGUUGAUUUUGGCACCCCCUGUGGCCAAGGCUUGUAGUCUCAUUUGGGACACUGGAAGUCUAGAUUUAGUAAUUUUCAGAUGUCUGCUUGGUUUCUUGUGAAGAGAAAACAAUAUCAAGCUGGAUUCCCUGAUCAUACAUUUUAAAGCAUGUGAAUUUCUAAAUCUAGAUACCUUUUUCUGGAUUUAACCUUCUGAACAACUGUGGCCCUGCUAGUUGCGCAAACGGUAGCUACACUGUCGUUAGAUGUGAACACAUUGAGCAGAAACAGCUUCAUAUAAACUCAGUCCGAUUUCAAAUAAAUUAGUUUGUAGCACUAUGACAAGAGUUUAGUUUUUUACAACAUAGAUCCCAUAUAAACUACCUUUAGAUGAACUAUUAUCUAAGCACAACUUCAGUUCCAAAGAAAUUGGGCCACUGUAAACUGCUGAUAAAAAUUGACAGUGAUAGUUUGAAAAUCAUUUAAAUCUUGCAUUUAAAUUUGUUUUAUGUUUUGUUUUUUAUACAAAUAACACAAAGAAAGCUGUGUAAUGCUAGCAAAAACUCCUAAAGAAACGCCUCCUAAUUUAUUACAAUUACAUCCAGCAGUUCAUUACUUCAACCACAAAUGCUGGUUAAAACUGUUCUAUGCAAAAAUGGAAACAUACUGUUCUAUGGCCUGAAGAGUCAAAAUCUUAGUCUUUUGGAAAUUAUGGAUUUGUUAUUAAAAACAUUUGAUGCAUCAGUAAACAAAGAAGACUGAACUGUUGAGCAGCAGAAAUCCUAAAGGAGCCCAAAAUUGUGCAUUUAAUUUUUAAAACUGCAUAAAUAGCUGUCUGCAGUAGCUAAUUUUUCUGUUCCAACAUCUGAUAUGUUAUCCCAAAACAUUUUUCCAUUGAAGACAGAGUUUGAAUGAUUUGCAAACCAUCAAAUUCAGUUUUGAACAACAUUUUUAAUAAUGUCCCAACUUUUUUGGAGCUGGGGUUGCGACUCAGUGAUUAAACAUUGAUAUGUGUUAAACAGUGUUGUUGUAUUUGAGUCCAGGACUCAGACUUAUGUUUGAAUCCUGAAAUUCAGGACUUGUGGCUCGACUUAGACUUAGACUCAAGCAGUGACUGCAUUAGGACUGAGACAAAACACAUGAUUACUGAAAUAAUGUGCUUGUCCUCUUAUUAAUGAAUUAAUUUAUUUGUUUAGUCAGUUAGUUAGUAAGGCAAGGGCUACAUGAUGUUGAGAGUGCAGGGAUGCACACUUAUCCACAUCACACAGUAACCUAAGUGAUAAUUUAAAUCUCCAGACAGGCUAACAGGAUCAGUCUAACUCUAACAUCAACAAAUGAAAUAUGUUUCCAAAAGGCCCCACAGGUUCAAACAGUCAAUAGUUUUGCAUUACAGUGAUUCCCCUUGACAGAGCUUUGAUUUGGUCAUGAGGACUUCCCACUGACUUAUCUUGCCUUUUCACACAAAUAAUAAUAGACACAAAACUAGACUUGGACUUGCAGUUUGGUGACUCAACCACGACACUGGAGUCUUAACUGUAUUUUCAUUUGCUUUACAGCUGUUUAUAGUGGAUUAAGUCCCUAUAAGAACACAUAGUGGGGCUUUGAACGUCUAUAACUUAGUAUACAUAAUAGUGAUGGGUACAGGAAAAUGUUUGGAUCAACUUAAGGAACAUGGUGGUAAAAGCACACUUCCUUUUCCUGAGUGGGGAACUGGAGAGAAACAGGAGCUGAGCCAUAAAGUAGAUCUAGUCUUUAUCAAAUAAUAGGUGGACAGCUGUGGUUGUAAAGUAGCUAGUUCUAAAUGUUGUGAACUUUGUGGUUACACGUGGAUCUGUUUGUGUGUGGUGAAUAUUUUGUGAUUUAGUGCAUGACAAAGGUUUCUUCAUUUAUUUAUUUAUUCGAUACAUCUGUACAGUGUGACUCUCUGUGAUAACAGUGAAUACCAUGUUCAACUUUGAUAGUGUUUCAUAACAUAAUAAAUAUAUUAUUCAGUAAGAGUGUG